AUGGGGGCGAGCGGCUGCCUGGGGCCGCUGCUGCUGCUGCCGCCCCUCGCUUGGGGCGAGCACCGGGCCGGUGGGUCCGGCGUGGCCAGCGGGGGCUCGGACUCACUGGCCGGAGCGGUGGCAGGUGAGGACGGGACCUGGCUCCAGCCGUCGAUCAUCGGGGGACACGAGGCCAAAGAACACUCCCGGCCCUACAUGGUGUCCCUCGAGUUCGGGGGAGUUCACGUCUGCGGGGCAGCGCUGCUGCACCGGAGCUGGGCGCUGACGGCCGCGCACUGCCUGCAUCGCUCACUGCCGGGGCGGGGCAGGCCGUGGGACAAGGUGCGGCUGGUGGUGGGGCUGCACAAGUGGCAGGACCGCGGGGCGGACACGCAGAGCUUCAGCAUCCGGGCUGCCUGUCCCCACCCCGGCUACGACCGACAGACGAUGGAGAACGACCUGCUCCUGCUCCAGCUGGACGGGAAGGUGACACUGAGCAGGACACGGCAGCUGAUCUCGCUGGCGAGACGGGAGCCGGCGCCGGGGGCGCGGUGCAGCCUGGCGGGCUGGGGGGUCGUGGACUCCCAGGGCCGGCAGCUGUCGCCCACCCUGCAGGAGCUGGAGGUGACGGUGAUGGACACGCAGAAGUGCAACAGCAGCAGCUUCUGGCGCGGCAAAAUCGGCCCCGCCAUGAUCUGCUUCCAGGGGCAGCACCGCGGCUCGGCACCCACCAAGGGUGACUCGGGGAGCCCGUCGGUGUGCGGGGAGCGGCCGGCAGUGGCCGGCGUGAUGUCCUUCAGCAGCAAGAACGCCACCAACCCUUUCAAGCCGCCGGUGGCCACCUCGGCUGUGAAGUACAAGAAAUCGAUCCAGAAAACGCUGCGGAGGGGCUGCGGAUCCGGCCAGCCCGAACACCCGGGACAGACCAAGCACCCCUUCCUAUUUACACAGGUUGGCUUUUAA